CUCCCUAAACUUAAAACCAGCUUAGAGAUAGAGAGAGAAAAUCACAGAUAGUCAGAUUCAUAGAAAACAAAGAAAAGAAAGAAAAUAAGGAAAGAAAGUUUUGUUUUUUUUUUUCUCAGCCACCAUUUAAGACUAUAUAUAGAAUACAUAUACAUACAUAUGCACACUCACAUGAUGCGUACUCUAUAAGCAAAAUUUCCCCACCUUCACCUUUGCUGUAUACUCACACGUUCAUGCCUCAUUGCUCAAACCCUAGAUCUUAUACUGUUCUUUUCUUUAUAUUUUUCUUGUUUUUCUUUUCUCUUUUUUGUUUGCUUUUAAACUAUACCCAUUUGCAGAUAAAUUCAUACUUAACACUCUUUGUUGUUUUUAAUUCUCCGUAUUCCCGUUCUUAGAUCUGCUCAAUUAUCCCUUUCUUUUAAGCAUUUCCUCUUAGUUAGUUACAAUUCCCCACCUCCUGAAUUAUAUUUAAUGUUAUAGUAAGAGAGAGAGUUCUGGAUCGGUGCAGGACUAAAUACCCACUUCGUAUUAACCUUAAUUUACUUUCUUUUUGUUGUGAAUUUAGUGAUGCUUGUUGCCAAUUUUGUAGAGAAUGUUCUGUGAUUCUGAAGGUUUUUUUUUUUUUUUUUGAGUUGAGAUUUUAGUGAUUGAAUUCCACGUGAUCCGCUUAAAUUGAUACGAGAUUUUACAUUUUUGUUUGGUAGAUUAGAUCUGGGGUUUUUGUUCUGAUGCUUUAUAUGUGGUAGUAUUGGAUUUUUAGUUACUUGGUUAUCAAAUGGCAAUGCCAACGGGAAAUGUGGUCAUAUCUGAUAAAAUGCAGUUUCCCGUUGCUGGCGGUGGUAGUGGUGGCGGAGUUGGGACUGAGAUCCACCAGCAGCAUCACCAUCGCCACCAGUGGUUCCCCAUGGAUGAGCGUGACGGGUUUAUCUCGUGGCUGAGGGGGGAGUUUGCGGCCGCCAACGCUAUCAUUGACUCCAUUUGCCACCACUUGCGCUCUGUUGGGGAACCCGGUGAGUAUGACUUAGUUAUUGGGUGUAUACAGCAGAGGAGGUGCAAUUGGAACCCUGUGCUGCAUAUGCAGCAGUAUUUCUCGGUGGGGGAGGUGAUUGUUGCGUUGCAGCAGGUUGCACUAAGGAAGCAACAGCAGCAGCAACAGAGAUAUUACUAUGAUCAGGCGAAAGUUGGGGGGAAGGAGUUUAAGAGAUCGUGGAAUGCUGGGUUUAACAAAGGACAGAAAGGUGGUGGUGAGGUGGUGAAAGAAGCUGUUAAUUCCAGUGUCGAAAGUCAUAGUUUUGAUUGGAAUUCUUCAGGGAAUGGAGGGAGUGAGAAAUUCGAGGAAAUCAAAUCAAGUGGUGAUGGUGGAAAAGUGGAGGAUAAGAGUCUAGCACUUGGUGAGGAUAAGAAAGAUGCUGUUGCAAAGCCACAUAUAGAUAACCACUUGAAGGGUUCAGAAAAUUCAGAAGGAACCUUGUCUGAGAAUGAUGCUGAGUCUGAGGCUGUGGAUGAGCAAUCCAGCUCUAAAGAGAAUGAUGAAAGGUCCAGCCAGAAUAACGGUGUGAAGCGGAGUCUCCCUAUCACUCCAAAAACAUUUGUUGGUUCAGAGAUAGUUGAUGGAAAGAUGGCUAAUGUGGUUGAUGGGCUCAAAUUAUAUGAACACUUGCUUGAUAAUGUGGAAGUUUCAGAGCUUGUUUCGUUGGUUAAUGAUUUGAGAGCUUCAGGUAGAAGAGGACAAUUUCAAGCAGGUCAUACAUAUGUGGUCUCCAAGAGACCUAUGAAGGGACAUGGUAGAGAGAUGAUUCAAUUGGGUCUUCCCAUAGCUGAUGCACCUGUAGAAGAUGAUGCUGCUGGAACUUCUAAAGACCGCAGAAUAGAAUCCAUCCCUACCUUGCUGCAAGAUGUCAUUGAUCAAUUUGUAAGCAAGCAGAUAAUUACCGUGAAGCCAGACUCUUGCAUAAUUGACAUAUAUAAUGAGGGGGAUCACUCGCAGCCUCAUAUGUGGCCUCCGUGGUUUGGGAAGCCUAUUUCUGUGCUUUUCUUGACAGAAUGUGACCUGACUUUCGGGAGAGUAAUCACGGCAGACCAUCCUGGGGAUUACAGAGGGUCUCUCAAGCUGCCUCUUGCACCUGGAUCCCUCCUUGUGAUGCAAGGCAAAUCCACAGAUUUUGCUAAACAUGCAAUUCCUGCAAUCCGAAAACAACGCAUACUUGUUACCUUCACCAAAUCUCAACCCAAAAAAUUUGCACAAAGUGAUGGCCAACGGCUACCUUCCUCCGCUGGAGCCCCAUCUCACCACUGGGGUCCCCCGCCAAGUAGAUCACCAAAUCACAUUCGCCAUCCUGUGCCCAAGCAUUAUCCAGUAAUUCCAUCAUCUGGUGUAUUGUCAGCUCCACCCAUCAGGCCACAAAUUCCCCCUCCAAAUGGUGUUCAACCACUCUUUGUCACUGCCCCCGUUGCAGCUCCAAUGCCUUUCCCUGCACCAGUUCCUAUCCCACCUGUGUCAACUGGAUGGCCAGCAGCUCCCCCAAGGCAUCCUCCAAAUCGUCUUCCUGUCCCUGUCCCUGGCACUGGUGUUUUCCUUCCUCCACCAGGUUCUGGUAACGCAUCGUCUCCACAGAUAUCAGCGGCUACAACUGAAAUAAACUUUCCUGCGGAGACAUCAUCAGUUCUAGAUAAGGAAAAUGGAAUAGGGAAGGCUAAUCUUGUUUCUUGUGCUUCUCCAAAAGAGGAAUCAGAUGGAAAGUCUCAAAGACAAGAUUGUAAUGGAAUUUCAGAUGGAAGAUCUCUGUCAAAGGAAGAACAACAGCAAAAUGCUGAUCAUACAGUGGUGAACAAGUCAACUGGAACAGUUUAGGGAAAGAGAGAGAGAGAGAGAGAGAGAGAGAGAAUGCAUUUUGUGAAAAAGGUAGGCUGCGAUUGCAAUGAGUUUGAAGCAAAUGUAAAGAGCGGCAACAUCUGAGACAUGGACACAGUUGAUACUAGCCUAGGAAGGGGGACAAAGGGUAGGAGGAGGAACUUCUCAGUUCUCUUUGCAAUCCCUUCUGUUCUCUUUUCCUUUUUCUUUUUGUUGUCUUGUUCUUUCAACUCACACUAGGAGGAAACCUCAUCCUUAAUUCAACUUUUCUUCGGAAAUUUUUGUUAUACAAGUAGAUCAAUAUCAGCUUGUUUUCUGGGAAUUUUUGUUAUACGAGUUUCCAAAUCAUCAA